GUGUCCAGUGGUUCUCUGGACAUGGCCAAAGGCAACCUUGAACGCAUGCUGACCAUGUGUUCUAAACCUCUUGACCCAGCCAACACCGACGAAGAACUGACACGCGUGCAGAAGAAGUCCAUCCAUGACGUGACACACGAGUUGGUGCGACAGGUGACGUCCCCAAAUACUCUGGUCAGGGAACAGUCUAUGCAUGCCCUGGAGGUGCUGGCCAAGACCAUGGAGAAGACAGUCACAGAGAUCAUGGAGCCACACAAAGAUGUCCUCCAGGAUAUGAUCCCACCUAAGAAACACCUGCUCAGACACCAGCCUGCCAACGCCCAGAUAGGACUGAUGGAUGGUAAUACAUUUUGUACCACACUGGAGCCGAGGUUGUUCACCAUAGACCUUAACAUAGUGGAACACAAAGUUUUCUUCACAGAGUUGCUGAGUCUGUGUGAGGCUGAGGAUGCUGUGCUCCUCAAACUACCAUGUUACAAGUCUGUCACCAACCUGGUGCCUCUGAGGAAGAGUGCACUCAGAGCUCUGGCAGCCUGCCACUAUAUACCUCAGUGUAGAGAAAAGAUCUUUAAUGUCCUCUACAAGGCCCUGAACUCCAGCAACAGUGAGCUACAGGAGGCGGCACAUGACUGCAUGAAAAAGUUCAUAUCAGGAUUCCAAAUUGACAUUGAACAAGUGCACACUGCCAUGAGGCCACUUCUGCUCAUGCUUGGUGACUAUCGCAGCCUAACACUCAAUGUGAUACAGAGGCUCUCUAGUUUAACUCAGCUCUUCCCCAACACUUUCAACGAGAAGCUGUGUGAGCAAUUGUUGGCCCACCUGAGGAAGUGGAUGGAUGUCGCCAUUAUCGCCCAGAAGGGUGGUCAAGCCCCUCGGACCAAUGGUCAAGUUCUUUCCAACGAGUUGAAGAUCUGUGGAGCCAUCAUUAAUAUCUUCCACCUCAUUCCUGCUGCCUCGAAUAAGAUGAUUGAGCCUCUGGCCACAUUGACACUGAAGGGAGAGAGGGCGCUACUGAUUGAGGCUGGUUCCCCAUUCCGUGAGCCACUGCUGAGGUUUCUGAAGCGCUACCCAGCACAGACAGUGGAGCUUUUCCUCCAGGAGUCUAACAUCAAGGAACAACAAUGGAGCAGGUUCUUCUGGUGGCUUUUGAAGAACAGUGAUGGUAAAGUGUUCCGUGAUGCUCUGGAGACUAACCCAAUGCGUCUGGUUAACAUGGCCAUGGGGCAGGUACAGACUAUCCCAGGCCACCCUCCAAGUCCUACAGGGGUCACUAAGGAAGAGCUGCAGUUCCAGGGGAUACGUAUCAUCAGCGUGCUGGUCAGGUUUGAUGCGGGAUGGCUGCCCAAGUAUCCCCAGGUUGUGGUGAAUUUACUGAAAGUUUGGACCUCGGAGCCUUUUCAGGAUAAACACAAGAAAGUGGACAGCCUGGACUUUGCUCAUUGGAAAGAACCAAAGCUACUUGUGAAGUGCUUACUUAAUUAUUUUAAGAACCGCACCAAUGAAGUGGAGCUCCUGUUCCAGAUGCUGCGAUGCUUUGUCUUCAGAUAUAUCCCACAAUUUCAGUUCUUCAAAGACUUUCUGGACGAUGUUGUUGCUAAGACCUACUCAGUGGAAUGGAAGAGGAAAGCCUUCUUCAAAUUUGUUGAUAUCUUUCACGACAAUCAGAAGUGGUCACAGGAUCUCAUAGGAAAGAUUCUUCAGUUCAUUUUGAUCCCAAGUUUCACCACCUCCUUUGAUAAUGGAGAAGGAGAGAAACUGAUAGGGGGACCCCCUGCCCCAGACCAGGACAACCCAGACAACAUCAUCAGCGUCUUUAUCAACAAAGUCAUUGACCCAGACAACCCGUUUGGGACAUCGGAUGCAGUCCGUAUUCUGCUGCUGCAGUUUUCCAGCCUCCUUGUGGAAAGAGCUGCGUCCCACAUUCAUGAUGCUGCUAACAAAAAACAAGGCAACAAGUUGCGUCGUCUGAUGACCUUUGCGUGGCCGUGUCUUCUGGCUAAGAACUGUGUGGACCCCGCCACCAAGUACCAUGGACACUUGCUGCUGUCACACAUCAUAGCAAAGUUUGCCAUCCACAAGAGAAUUGUGCUACAGGUAUUCCACAGCUUACUGAAGGCUCAUGCCUUGGAGGCCCGCGGAGUUGUGAGGCAGGCGCUAGAGAUUCUCACCCCAGCAAUGCCAGGGAGGAUGGAAGACGGAAAUGGAAUGUUGACUCACUGGACCAAGAAGAUUAUAGUGGAGGAGGGACACACUGUGGCACAGCUGGUGCAUAUACUGCAACUGAUAGUAAGACACCACAAGGUGUAUUAUCCUGUGCGACACCACCUCAUACAACACAUGGUGAACUCACUACAGAGAUUGGGCUUUACACAGAAUGCCACUCUAGAGCACAGAAAGCUGGCAGUGGACUUGGCCGAGGUCAUUAUUAAGUGGGAGGUCCAGAGGAUUAAAGAUGACUCGGAGCAGUCUACAGACGCAGCUGCCACAGGCACAGAUGUCACCCAGGCUGCCCUCUCCGCCAACCUCCCCGUGAAGAGGACUGCCUCCGUUAGUUCCGUAGACUCCCCCCAGGAGGCCAAGAGAACCCGUAACGUGUCAGGAGCCGUAAGUGACCCCAGCAAGAGUACCAAGAGUCAGACUGAUGUUAGCAAACCUAUUGACCAGCAGUACUGUGACGCUGUGGUCAACUUUCUGCUCAGAAUUGCCUGCCAGGUCAAUGAACAAGCUACCACAGUUGGGUCACCAGGAGAACUGUUGUCACGGCGAUGUGUGAACUUACUGAAGAUGGCGCUGCGACCCGAUGUCUGGCCACAGACAGAACUGAAGCUGGUGUGGUUUGACAAGUUGUUGAUGACAGUGGAGACCCAUCAGCCAAACUUUCCUAAUAUCUGUACUGCUCUGGAAUUGCUGCACUUCUUACUGACCAUACUGAGGAAAGAAAUGAUCCUUGCAAGUUUUAAGCCUCUCCAACGAGGCAUAGCUGCCUGCAUGAACUGUCCGAACUCCAAAGUGAUUCGCUCGGUUCACAGCCUCCUUUCUCGGCUCAUGAGCAUCUUUCCUACCGAACCAGCGACCUCAAAUGUGGCCUCCAAGUAUGAAGAGCUAGAGUGUCUGUAUGCCUGUGUCAGCAAGGUGGUCUAUGAAGGACUCACCAACUAUGAAAAAUCAACAAGUGGCUCCCCCUCUCAGCUGUUUGGCACACUAAUGAUCUUGAAGGCAGCCUGCAUCCACAACCCCCAGUAUAUAGACAGGCUGAUCACUUCCUUCAUGAGAGUGCUGCAGAGGAUGGCCAGGGAGCAUCUGACUCCCUCUGCACCUGAAACCAGCCCAGUGGCCAGUGAACUCCUCAUCCUCAGCUUGGAUCUUGUGAAGAACAGAGUAGGAGUGAUGAGUAUGGAGAUGCGGAAGGGAUUCAUCGGGACAAUCCUUGUCGGACUCAUUGAAAAAACACCCGAUGUCAAGGUCAUGAAGGCCAUCACUAAAAUGGUGGAAGACUGGGUCAAGACCAAGGUAAAUACACAGGUUGCAAUAAACCAAGGACCCACACUGAGAGAGAAAGCCAUCUUGCUGGUGAAACUGAUGCAGCAUGUGGAGAAAAGAUUCCCAGAUGAAGCUGAACUUAAUGCUCAGUUUCUGGAACUAGUCAAUUACAUUUACAGGGAUGAAUCUUUGAGCGGCAGUGAGCUUACAUCUAAAUUAGAGCCAGCAUUCCUCUCUGGUCUUCGCUGUUCGCAACCUCUCAUCAGGCAGAAGUUUGUGGAGGUGUUUGACAACAGCAUGCGCAGACGUCUCUACGAUCGUCUGCUGUACAUCACCUGCUCUCAGAACUGGGAGGCCAUGGGAGGCCAUUUCUGGAUAAAACAGUGCAUAGAGCUUCUUUUGGCUGUAGCUGUAAAUGGCACGUCUGUCAACUGCUCGUCACCCGUCAUCUUGCUUCCUGCGGCCACCUCUGUGGUCAACCUGGCUGAUAGCCAUGACCGCGCAGCCUUUGUCAUGUUGACCAAGAUGAAGGAGGAACCCAUGGAUGUUGAGUCUUUGGAUGCCAACAAGGAAGAGGACGAGAUAGACAUUGAGAUGGCCUCAGACACCACGGAGGAGGGAUCCAAGGACUCGGGUCUACAUCUGCCAGUGAAGAAGGAACUACAUGAUCCCAAACAGAAUCUACAAAUGCUUCUUCAAAGACAGGCCAAGUUCCUGGAGACCUGUAGAGAGGUCAAGACUGUGUCCUAUCUGAAUGCCCUGUCCCAGUUGUGCCACAGUUCCACCCCCCUGGCACACCAAGUCUGGCUGGACCUGUUCCCCAGAAUCUGGAAAAUACUCAUAGACAGGCAACAACAGAGUCUGGCAGGAGAGCUGGUGCCGUUCCUGUGUAGUGGGAGCCAUGUGAUCCAGAAGGACUGCCAGCCCAGUGCUGUCCACACCUUCCUGCAGGGACUGGCCCAGUGUGUACCUGCUGUCCCCAUCAGACCAUGUGUACUGAAGUACCUCGGCCGCACACACAACCUGUGGCAUCGCGGCUCUCUGAUGCUGGAGAGAAUGGCAUUUGAGACCAGCAAGACCACCUCGACCAUAAGACCAAGUCGGCCUGGCAGCGAGUACGAGUUCGAACCCAGCUCGAGCACCAAUACUCAGCAGGAGACCCUGGACGCGCUGUGUGAGCUCUACUCUCUAUUACAAGAAGAGGAUAUGUAUGUGGGACUAUGGCAGAAAAGAUGUAAAUAUACGGAGACAGGAGUGGCCAUGGCAUACGAGCAACAUGGCUUCUUUGAGCAGGCGCAGCAGACGUUUGAGCAGGCGAUGUCCAAGGCACGACAAGAGCACAACACAGCACCUGCUACGCCUACAAGUCUGCCUGAGUAUAAACUGUGGGAGGACCAUUGGAUUAAAUGUUCUAAGGAGCUCAACCAGUGGGAUCUCCUCCUGGAGUAUGCCAACUCCAAGGGUAACACCAACCCUCACCUGGUCCUGGAGAGCGCCUGGAGGGUGCCCAACUGGAACCUCAUGAAGGACGCCCUGGCGCAGGUUGAACUUAGCUGUCCCAAGGAGCUGGCCUGGAAAGUGAACUUGUACAGGGGGUACAUAGCCAUAUGUCACCCUGAUGAUCAUCAUUUGAACAUGAUUGAGCGUCUUGUGGAGGUCUCCACCAGCCUGGCAGUAAAGGAGUGGAGAAGACUGCCCAGGGUGGUGUCCCAUAUCCACGUCCACCUCCUCCAGGCUGCCCAGCAGAUCAUGGAGCUUCAGGAGGCUGCACAGAUCAACCAGGGACUACAGCCACAGAACAUAGGCAGGAACUCCAGUCUGCAUGAUAUGAAGGCUAUAGUGAAGACAUGGAGGAAUCGCCUUCCUAUGAUAUCAGACAGUCUGUCCCACUGGAGUGAUAUCUUCACAUGGCGACAGCAUCACUAUCAGUUCAUUGUCAACCAUUAUGAUACUCACGCACACAAUGAUCCUCAAGCCAACCAUGCAAUGCUAGGCGUGCAUGCAUCUGCGCAGGCCAUCAUACACUACGGCAAAAUUGCAAGAAAACACAACCUCACUGGUGUGUGUCUGGACCAGCUGAGCAGAAUCCACACCAUUCCCAGUGUUCCCAUAGUGGACUGUUUCCAAAAGAUCAGACAGCAAGUCAAGUGUUAUCUCCAGAUAGCUGGUAGCAUGGGCAAGAAUGAUCUGCAGGAGGGUCUUGAAGUUAUAGAAUCUACAAACUUGAGAUUCUUCACCAAAGAGAUGACAGCUGAGUUUUAUGCCUUGAAGGGAAUGUUUUUGGCCCAAAUUGGCAGGUCUGAGGAUGCUAAUAAGGCUUUCUCUGCUGCUGUUCAGAUGCAUGACACCCUGGUGAAGGCUUGGGCUCUGUGGGGAGACUAUCUAGAGGGCAUCUUUACCAAGGACAACGCUGCAUCCAAGAACAUAACCCUGGGUGUCUCUGCCAUCACCUGUUACCUCCAUGCCUGUCGCCAUCAGAAUGAGAGCAAGUCCAGGAAGUACCUGGCCAAGGUUCUUUGGCUGCUGACCUACGAUGAUGAGAAGUCACAGCUGGCAGAGGCUGUCGAUAAAUACUGCAUUGGAGUGCCACCUAUACAAUGGCUGCCAUGGAUACCCCAGUUACUAACAUGUCUGGUGAGGAAUGAAGGGCGUCUGAUCUUGAACCUCCUGAGUCAAGUGGGCAGGAUGUAUCCACAGGCUGUGUAUUUUCCUAUCAGGACCCUGUACCUUACACUGAAGAUAGAGCAGAGGGAGAGAUACAAAAGUGGUGAGCUCUCAGCCAGUGCCAGUUUCUCCCGAACCAGUCCCCAAGUCUCCACAACAACUGAAUCAACAUCAACAAGUACAUCAACUUCAACAACAUCAGCAGCAACCACCACAUCAGCAGCAACAGCAGCAGUAACAACUGCUUCAUCUGCAGCAACAGCUGUUACAACUGCUCCCAGCAGCACUGCAGCAAAUGUGACAACAGGUGGCAGCACAGUGACCACAGAGGGCAGCACUAUAUCUGUGAUGAGCCCAACCACAACUUCUGCCAGUGCCACUUCUGCCUCUGCUGUUUCUGGCACAGGAGCUGAUUUGAGUCUCUCCACAUCAGUAGUUACCUCAUCUCUCUCUGCGUCUGCCAGCACAAGCCAGCUAGGUCACUCAGCCUCAGUUUCAUCCUCCGUGAGCGGGUCUGACGGUGGUCCAAUACGUGCGACUGCGCCCAUGUGGCGAUGCAGUCGUAUUAUGCACAUGCAGCGUGAUCUUCAUCCUACCAUCUUGUCAUCACUGGAGGGGAUCGUGGACCAGAUGGUGUGGUUCCGUGAAAAUUGGUACGAGGAGGUUCUCAGACAACUGAGACAGGGGCUGGCCAAAUGUUAUGCUGUGGCCUUUGAGAACAGAGGGGCAGUAAUGGAGGCCACCAUUACUCCCCACACCUUGAACUUUGUGAAGAAGCUGGUCAGCACGUUUGGCGUCGGCAUAGAGAAUGUCUCUAGUGUGCAGUCAACGUUCUCCAGUGCGGCCUCAGAGUCCCUCGCGCGACGUGCUCAGGCCACGGCACAGGAUCCUGUCUUCCAGAAGAUGAAGAGCCAGUUUACAACAGACUUUGAUUUUAGUGUGCCUGGCUCCACCAAACUUCACAACCUAAUCAACAAGCUGAAGAAAUGGAUAAAAAUUCUCGAGGCAAAGACCAAGUUGCUGCCCAAGACGUUCCUGAUAGAAGAAAAAUGCAGGUUUCUCAGUAACUUUUCUCUGAACACUGCUGAGGUGGAGAUCCCAGGAGAGUUCCUACUGCCCAAGCAUAGCCACUACUAUGUGAGGAUAGCAAGGUUCAUGCCCAGAGUGGAGAUAGUCCAGAAACACAACACAGCGGCCAGGAGGCUGUAUAUCAGAGGACAUAAUGGAAAGAUCUACCCCUACCUGGUGGUAAAUGAUGCCUGUCUCACAGAGUCCAGGAGAGAGGAGAGGGUGCUGCAAUUACUCAGAAUGAUGAACCAUUACUUGGAAAAACAGAAGGAGACAGCUGAGAGGCUUCUAUACUUCACUGUCCCCAGAGUGGUGGCAGUGUCACCACAGAUGAGAUUAGUGGAGGAUAAUCCGGCAUCUGUGUCCCUGCUGGAUAUUUAUAAACAGCGAUGCUCAAAGCGUGGCAUAGAACACGACCAGCCAAUAGCUCGCUAUUACGAGCGUCUUGCCAAUGUCCAGGCGCGAGGUUCCCAGGCCAGCCACCAGGUGUUACGUGACAUCCUGAAGGAGGUCCAGGGGAACAUGGUGCCGAGAGGACUGCUGAAGGAGUGGGCCACGCACACCUUCCCAGACGCCACGGAUUACUGGACGUUCAGGAAGACGUUGACCAUCCAGCUGGCAUUGAUGGGUCUUGCAGAGUUUGUCCUUCACCUGACGCGUAUGAACCCAGACAUGAUGUAUCUCCACCAGAACUCUGGCUUCCUUAAUGUGGCUUACUUCAAGUUUGAUAUUGAUGACCAAACAGGUGACUUGGAUGCCAACCGACCAGUGCCAUUCCGCCUGACCCCCAACAUAGCAGACUUCCUGUCCAUGACGGGGGUCACAGGGCCCCUUACAGCCUCCAUGGUGGCUGCGGCAAGGUGCUUUGUGCAGCCUCAGUAUCAGAUACACAGCCUCCUGAGAGCCGUCCUCAGGGAUGAGUACAUUACUUGGCAUAAAAAGAAACAAGACGAGGCCAAUCCAGGAGCUCAGCCUGUUGACAUGGAUGGGGAGCUUCUUGUUGGCAAGGUUGCCAAGGCAGUGGGUGCCAUAACAACCAGAUUACAAAAUCUGGCAACUUUUGAUGGAGCUGAGAGCAGAGUAAGCACACUGGUAGCUGCAGCAAACAGUCACGACAACUUGUGCAGGAUGGAUCCCGCCUGGCAUUCUUGGCUGUAAUUAAGCCAGUCGCCCAACACUUAAUGGAGCAGAGCUCUAGGACUAUUUUUGCAUUCUGUGGAUGCUGCUCGGCAUAAACUGCUUUAAGCAAUCUGCCCAGCACUUGGAAGCAGCAGUGGAGUCAAAAUCAUUUGCACCAUCUGGGUUGUGCUUGAUAUUCUUUGCUGGAUGUGAUAAAUCAGUUAAAUCUUUCAAGCUGCAACAGCAAAUUCGAUCAAUGUGUCGUUCUGUGUACAAUUUAGUUUGUAGUCUUUUAAGACAAGUCUGUUAAAACAAGAUCUAGUCACAUUUAGUGCAUUGUGAAGUUGUUUAACUGUCAUGAAUGGCAAUGAAAAGACUAUAUUUCUAAAUGUUUUAUUGUAUUGCAUUCUUGUGUAUAUAUGAAUGAUGUACUAUUUGAUAAGUUACUGAAACGUAUGGAUGGAAUAUCUGUUUGAUCAUUAUAGAAAUAUAUUGGAUGGACACCAUGUAGCAUUUUACUGUACACUUGACCAAUAUACAAUACAAGAUACUAUUGCAAAAGAUUUUGAAGAUUAUGUUAUCCUUUACAUGUGAUAUAUUUUAGGGAGCAUUAAGAAUAAGAAAUUAUUUCAUUUGUGUAUCUUACCCUGACUUUUUUUACAUUAAAUCAAAAGAUUAAAGAUGAAGACCUGUCUUGAAUAACUCUGCAUUUUCUCUGAUGUGAGCAUUUUUCUGAACAUUUGGCAACUUUUCAUUCCAGUUUGAAGAUUAGACUAAGUCUUGUAUUUCAUAGUUUUACAAUGGCAAUACUAAUAAAGUUAUAAAAUAAAAGCUAUUAUUGAAAAUGG